GCCGGCGUACGGCGGCGGUGACGCCCGGGCGGGCUGCAGAGGCGGAAGCGGCCGGGCGCGGCGAUGGCGGCGGGCAUGGGGCAGCAGUGGGUGUUGGUGGAGAUGGUGCAGGCCUUCUAUGAGGCUCCUGCUUACCAUCUCAUUUUGGAAGGAAUUUUAAUUCUAUGGAUAAUCAGACUUCUUUUCUCCAAGACAUAUAAGCUUCAAGAGCGAUCUGAUCUAACACCUAAGGAAAAAGAAGAGUUGAUUGAAGAAUGGCAGCCAGAGCCUCUGGUACCUCCUGUACCAAAAGAUCAUCCAGCUCUCAACUACAACAUUGUUUCAGGUCCUCCCACCCAUAUAAUCACUGUUAAUGGCAAGGAAUGUAUAAACUUUGCAUCGUUUAACUUUCUUGGACUUUUGGAUAAUGAAAAGGUUAAGAGUGCAGCCCAGGCAUCUCUGAAGAAAUAUGGUGUUGGCACUUGCGGACCUAGAGGAUUCUAUGGUACUUUUGAUGUGCAUUUAGAAUUAGAAGAACGACUAGCAAAAUUCAUGAGGACAGAGGAAGCUAUCAUAUACUCAUAUGGAUUUGCAACAAUUGCCAGUGCUAUUCCUGCAUAUUCAAAAAGAGGGGACAUUGUGUUUGUAGAUGAAGCUGCCUGCUUUGCUAUUCAGAAGGGAUUACAAGCAUCUCGUAGUAACAUCAAGUUAUUUAAGCAUAACGAUAUGGCUGACCUUGAACGACUGUUGAAAGAACAAGAGACUGAAGAUCAAAAGAAUCCUCGCAAGGCCCGUGUAACUCGAAGGUUUAUUGUAGUGGAAGGAUUGUAUAUGAACACAGGAGACAUUUGCCCUCUUCCAGAAUUGAUAAAAUUGAAGUAUAAAUACAAAGUUAGAAUAUUUUUGGAGGAGAGCCUUUCCUUUGGAGUUCUUGGAGAACAUGGAAGAGGAGUUACUGAACACUUUGGAAUAAAUAUUGAUGAUAUAGAUCUUAUUAGUGCAAACAUGGAAAAUUCACUGGCUUCUAUUGGAGGAUUUUGCUGUGGAAGAUCUUUUAUUAUUGACCAUCAGCGAUUGUCUGGUCAAGGUUACUGCUUUUCUGCAUCCCUACCUCCUUUGUUAGCUGCUGCUGCUAUUGAGGCUCUGAAUAUUAUGGAAGAUAAUCCAGACAUUUUUCAGACUCUCCGGGCUAAAUGUGAACGGAUUCACAAAGCUUUACAGGGGAUUUCUGGCUUAAAAGUAGUGGGAGAAUCUUUUUCUCCAGCAUUGCACCUACAGUUGGAAGAGAGCUGUGGAUCUCGAGAAGAUGAUGUGAAGCUACUUAAAAGAGUUGUGGAUUACUGCAUGAAUAGUGGUAUCGCAUUAACUCAGGCCCGCUAUCUGGAAAAGGAAGAAAAAUGUCUUCCUCCACCCAGUAUUCGGGUAGUGGUAACAGUGGAACAAACAGAACAAGAACUGGACAAAGCUGCAUCAAUUCUUAAGGAAGCUGCACAGUCUGUAUUGAAUUAGACUGCUGUUUGGAUUCCUCUCUCCUCAAAUUAUCAGGAUAAGUGUUUUACACACUGUACAGUGACUUUACUUCAGAUAUUCAAGUUCUUCCACUUCAUGGCAUUGAAACCUGACUAACGAGAUUGUUCUAGAAUGGUACAAAUGCAGUGAGAGGAAGAAUAUUGAAUUUUGGAACUGGUGAAUGACACAAUGUAUUUGCAAUUCAAACUCUACCAUUUACUAGGAUUCCUUAAAAUGGGAUAUCAUUGUUGCAUACAGGACUCUUUCAUAAGUUGCAUCUUAAAAAGUCCUAAAUUUAUUUCUUCAAACCCUUAAACAUUUUCAGAAAUGUAUAUGAACAUUGUUUUCCCCCCAAACAUGUAAAAUGUAGUUUUCUCUACAUACUCUCAGAAUGUAGGAACUUCAAAUAAAUUUCAAGGAAUUACUCCCACCCCUAAAUGAAGAUAGACUGUUCCUAGUACUGCCAAAAGGGAGAAAAUAACACAUUAAGAGAUAACUUUGUGCUAUAUUACAUCAUUUAUUAUUGAAUUAUAGGAAGAACUUAAAUUGUUUUUUGCUUAUAUCUUUCUCUAACCAUUUUUGGAAGAGAGUUUUUAAGAAUGCCUGGCUAGAGAAUUCCAUUAUCUAAAUGGUAAAUUCAUAAUAAAUACUAUUUGCUUUCAUAUGUAAUUAUAUGCAUGUUUCAUAUUACGGGUGAGGUUUUUCAUAUUAUUAACUCUAAAACAUCUAAACUGAAAACUCUGAAUUGUGAAACUGAUGUGAUUCCGUUAUAAUAUGUUCAGUUGGGGUGGCUUUGCACUAGUCUUGAAGAGGAAUCUUAACCAACAUGAAGAAUGAACCAAGGUUUUGAAACAGCAACUAAAUACUAGCUUAGUCAAACUGCUUUGAAGCACUAAAAUCAUGUGUGCCAAAAUUUCUCUCUAAACGGCUCUACCUUAGAGAGCAAGACUCACAGCUAAUAAGCAUGUAGAUGGUGCAGAUACUAUUGAAAUACAACUCAAUUCAUGCACAUAAAACCCCUAUGUAACUGGAUAGUAAUAUUUGGAGGUUAUGCUGUCAGGAUUUGCAGUAAGCACAGAUGGACACAUUACACCAGUCAGAGGAAACUGAUAAGGGAGGAUGACAGUAAGCUGUACUUUUUUAUAAAAAAACCCUAUAGCUAUGUAUUUCACAAUUUUGCUUUAAGAAUGCUCAUUUAAAUAUUUUAUGUUCUGCCUGAUCUGUAUUCUGGGUUGCUUUGUACUUACGUGCCUUUUCGAUUGCUGCUACAGGGACUGCAGGACUGGUUUUGAGAAACAUUGUUUAAAUAAAAAGUUAGUCAUGUUUCAUUCAGAUUUUCACUUAUCAUAUAAUUAGAUUUUGUAGCAUCAUCAGCUGUAUUUUGUUGAAUAUUCUGCAUUAGAUGAACAUAGUCUAUCUUGCCUCCCAUAGUGACUGUCUCUGCACUGACUUUCAAACCUUCUCACCAGCUAAAGUUGUGUUGGGACACUUUUGCGAUUGUUGCUUGACUAUUUGAAAUAGUCAAAUCAUUACCUGUGCAAUGCAGAGAAACCUUCAUCCCAAUGUGAAAGAGUAUUCCUGGUUCGCUCACAUUUACUUUUUUCUCUAUUAACUGUAAGUAAAAGCCUGUGAGAAGCCAACAAUUUAAUAGAGCAAAAAUGUGGGGAAGGAAGCUGAUUCCCAUUUUACAGACUGGAACCAAAGUGCAGAACAAUCACCCUUCCCAAGACCCUCGGAGAUGUGAGAAAUGGAAAUGAAAACAUCACUAUACUUUAGGCUUGUGAGCCAUUUUUGAUUUUAUAAUUGAAACCUGAACGUUCAAGUAAACUCAAGCCUUUGAUGUAUGAGCUGAGAACAAAUGACGUACUUGGAUUCCAAUGCAGCAUAAUAAAUGGGCUUGGAGUUCAAGGUAAACCUGUGAAGGUAAGCAAAUCACAAAUUAGCAGUGAAAUAAUAGGUUGCAGAAUCUAUACUCAAUUCUUGUGUUUUGUUUUAGGUUGUCUGCAAAUGGAGGAAUUUUUUUUGUUGUGCUUUUGAGGACUAGCAACAAUCUUUAGAUACACGGGUUUGUUUUGUUGGUUUUGGUUUUUUGCUUUAAAAUGAAGCAAUAACACCUAAAUUAGUAGGAAGCAGAGUGGAAUUUCUGGCAAUUUCAAAGUUGUGACUAAGUAGUUCUGAUGAAACAAAAGUUCAAAUAUAUUGUUAAGAGAUACAGUCAUCUGAUUCAUUUGGCAAACACAUGCUUAUCAUUAAAACACUGGUAAAACUGCCUUUGUCCAUUUUUCUUGUUUACAAGUGUAUAGAACAGAAGUAUUUAGGUCACGCUGAAGUGAACACCUUAUGGUUGAUAGCACUUGAAGUACUGUUAUAACGUGUGUUUUACUGACAGGUUAUAUACAUGGUCUCUCUGAGAAAUUAAUAUGCUUAUGAGAUGUGGCUGGUGGAGAGAGAGAUCGCUGGUCAGUUUACAUGUCUGACCCUCUUCAUUUUGCCUUUUUUGAUAAAUGUCUCUGACAUGUCAAGCGGAUGAAGGGAAGAGUGGCUCUGGGGAAAAAAGUUGGUUGGGAUUAGGAAGACAGCAGGUGAUUCUGGUUAAACUUUUGACAUUAAAAAAUCAGAAGCCUAUUAAGGUGCUUAAGUUCUCAGUGCUCUAGGCUGAUAAAUGUAUGAACAAGCCUGUUUUAGUUGCUUUGUGGUUAUGUUUGGAUGAAGCAGGGCUUUCAUCCAUUUCUUCAGAUGUGGAAGCGAGGCUGGGGUCUUAGUAAAUAAAUGGAAAGUUAUUUAGCAGGAUACUGUGAGGUGAAUCAAACAAUAAGGGCCUUAUCCUGAACUUCAGAGUUUCUGUUGAAAAUAAAUAUCUGGAUUCUUAAUUUUAAUUAAACUAGUUUAUGUGUUUUGCCCUACCAAGUACUUGGAACGGACUUUCAGCGAAGUGGAAGCAUCAGGUUAAUAAACAGUGAUCAAAAAUGAAUGUUGGUGGUUUGGGGUUUUUUAUUACUGAACAUUAGUAGUUGAGAAGGAAUGCAUUUAACUGUAAUAAGGUGACCAUUUAUUGAAAUUGUCCUGAUGAAAGCAAUUGUUUGCAAUAUGUGGGGACUGGGAUAGACUGGAAAGAAUUUAUACUUUGAAGAUAUUUUGGCUUGAAGAAACGUGUCUACGUUAUAUAUAUAUAUGUAUAUAUUCCUUUUUUAAACAACAGAGAAAUCUAUUUUCCCUGAAUAUUUAAAAAUAUAGGUUCAUUGUUUCUACAGGAAAAUCUACAGAUUCCUUUUCUGUUUAUAAUAGUAAUUAUUUUUGGAUAGGAGGUGAAAUGCAUAAGGAGAAUAUUAAGAAAGAAAGAGGUAUGGCUGAAUAACUUUGAUAUUUUUUUUCCCCCACUUUUGAAAUACAAUCCCAGUCACUGCACAGAAUGGUGUACUGUCUUCUUUCUGUCACUCCAUCUGGACUUUAUUAUUUUAAACAGAGUUGCAGAGUGUUGGCAUUCACUGAUCUAGGAAGUUGCUACCACAAAAGUGUCUUGCAUCUUAAGAUGAGUCGAGAAAUGUACAUGAGCUGUAAAUGCUGCUUAAACAAAGGAAAUAUUUACAACUAACACAGAGCAUUUGUACAUUAAACUGGUUCAGUGUCCUAAUAAAAAGAAGUGUCUGGAUAA